GAUGUAAAAAACGUCCACUACACUUUGUCAACAGUGAACUAACCUAAAUCGACGUCACGGGUUCUGCUUAUUUUGAUUCAGCCAAGUAUUUAUGUUUUGUGGUUUUGAUAUUUGUUUGUGUUUGUAGUUUAUUUUGUAUUUAAAUUUAAAUCUGAAACUAGCUUUUAAAAAGGAUGAAGCCCGAAUCAGUAUUAGUGGACGCAACAGAUCAAAAUAAAUGCACGAUUUGCUUUACACCUGAAUAUGGCACCCAAGAGACGAAAUUGAUGGAUAUUGCCGGAUCCAUUGAUGGGUACAAGUCCUGUUUGGACAAAAUUCAGGAACUGAUGCAUGUAGAUGUGAGUCAUUCUUUGCUUCCUACGCAGGAACGCAGUUACAGUUGAAUGGUCUUAGGGCAAAGUGACAUUUGGCUCUCUACCUCUACUACAUUUAUCAAAUAAAAAAAAAAACAGAUUUCUAUGUUCUAGAGGCCUUCUGGCAACUACCCGAGUUACGUCCGAAUGACUAUGGCCAUGCAUGUAUUUUCUUUGCAUAUUUUAUUUUAGUUUUGUAGCUAUAAUGCUGUAAAAUUGUGUCGCCUCUAACCAAUUCUUUUUUAAAUUAGAUGCAAGAGUGUAGAUGCUAUAGGCAUGUAGCUAUCAGAAUGAUAAUAUAUCUUAUAUUAUUCCCAAAUUCUUUUUGUACUGAAUUAAGCAAUAAUUACUUUAGAAUGUGUGUUUCGGCCCUUAGAUGAUAAUAGGGCUUGUGCAUUUAUUCCUUUUAGAUUAUUCUUGGAUAUCAAAAAGUAUGUAUUGAAUGUGCAACUAAAGUAAAUGAGGCAUAUACACUACAAGGUCAGAUCCUUGAGGCAAUUACAUUUUGGAAGAGGUACUUUGGAUAUGAAGGGUCAUCCAGUUUGAAUGAACCAAGUGAUACAUUAAUAGAUACUCAAGAUAAAAAUAUAUCCAUAGAGAUGAGUGAUGUUGAUACUAAUAGUUCCAAUAUGCCAAGAGAGCAGUGCAGUGCAGAAGAAAAAGGGAAGAAUGAUGAUAAGUUUGUACAAACUGAUUGCACAUCUAUAAGAAAGGAGGAUUGUGGUGAUCGAAUCACAAUUGUAUCAAAAGCGAAACAUUCUGAGAUAGAAGAAGGGGUUGGUAAUGGUCAUGGCAAUCCAAAUUAUAAUAAGGAUGAUAAAUCCUUGAUGGUUUUGAGCUCAGUUGAGAAUUAUACCAGUUUUGGAGGAGAUGAAACUUUUUACUGCAAUAAGCUUCAAAAAGAGAAAGAUUACAUCUCUGAGGAAAUAUCACCAGAUACUAUAGACACAAAUAAUUCGGAAGUGGUGAUAAAAAUGAAAAGUGAAGUACUAAAAGAGUUAACGAUCAAACCUGUUGUAGCUGCACCUGGAGAUACAUUUGAAGAAUAUAGUAAAGCAAUGUUAAGAGCCACUGUUGAUGAUGAUGAAAAGCAAACUUUGUUUUGUGGUAGAUGCAAGCAAUAUAUUGCUGAUGCAUCAGAAAUUACAACCCAUUUUUGUGUUCAAAGGAAGACAGUUGAAAGAAAAAAUAAGUAUAAACAGAAGAGAACUGUGAUUGAGGACAGUGACUGUUACGGGUGUGCUGCUUGUGGUGAAAUGUUCAAGAGUAAAGUUGAUAUGGACAAGCAUCAGGAGGCUCAUUCUAUAGUGAAGAAAGUGGAAUUAGUUUGUAAUAUUUGCAAUAAGUCCUUUAUAAAUGAAAAGCUCUUGAAAUUGCAUUCCACAAAACACACUGAGGGCCACAACUACCGUUGUCAUAUAUGUGGCCAUACAUUUAAAUGGAGGUCAUCCCUAAAUCGGCAUAUCCGCUUACACGAGGGACGGGCAGCCAAGCCAUUUUUAUGUCCGAUCUGUGGCAAGUUGUUCAGUUCUUCAGAUUCCAAGGCCAGUCAUAUGAGAUUCCAUAUGGGAAUCAAAAGGUACACGUGUGAAAUUUGCGGUAAGAAAUUCUCUGAAUGCAAACAUCUCAGGACACAUGUACGAAGCCACACAGGAGAGAGGCCCUUUGCAUGUGAAUUUUGCUUCCAGUCAUUUUCUGAUAAAACUACUAUGAGGCAACAUAUUCGUACAAAACAUAAAACAGAUUAUUAUUAUGAAACUGAAAGUGCACAAUUAGUAGAAACAGUUUCAUAAAUUAAAUAGUGUGAUUAUAGAAAGAUGAUGAGUUUUAUCACAAGGAAACAGCUCUAUCUCCAUCAGAAAAAAGUAUUUUGUUUAGAAAUCUACAAUAAGGAUCUAAUUCAUGUUGGAACACAUACAUAUUGUAGACAUUGCAAUUUUUAUAAUAAAGAUACUUCACCCA